AUGGCAAGCGCGGCUGCAGUUCUGACCUGGGCUCUGGCCCUGCUCUCACUGCUUUCAGCCACGGAGGCACGGAAAGGCUUCUGGGACUACUUCAGCCAGAGCAGCGGGGACAAAGGCAAGGUGGAGCAGCAGCAGAAGCUGGCACGAGAGCCCCCGAGCCUGAAAGACAGACUUGAGCCAGACCUCAGCGAUAUGGACAAGUUCCUGGAAAAGCUGGGCCCUCUAAACGGGCAGGGGAGGGAGCCUCCCGGGCUCCCACGCGACCCGGUGGGCAUGUGGCAGCAACUGCAAGAGGAGCUGGAGGAGGUGCGGGCGCGUCUGGAGCCCUACAUGGCGGAGGUGCACGAGCGCGUGGGCUGGAACCUGGAGGGGCUGCGGCGGCAGCUGCAGCCCUACACGGUGGAGCUGAUGGAGCAGGUGGCCCUGCGCGUGCACGAGCUGCAGGAGCAGUUGCGCGUGGUCGGAGAGGGCACCAAGGCCCAGUUGUUGGGGGGCGUGGACGAGGCGCGGGGCCUGCUGCAGGAGCUGCAGAGCCGCGUGGCGCACCACACCGGCCGCGUCAAGGCGCUCUUCCACCCCUACGCCGAGCGCCUGGUGUCCGGCAUCGGGCACCACGUGCAGGAGCUGCACCGCAGCGUGGCGCCGCACGCCAUCGCCAGCCCCGCGCGCCUCAGCCGCUGCGUGCAGAUGCUCUCCCGCAAGCUCACGCUCAAGGCCAAGGCCUUGCACGAGCGCAUCCAGCAGAACCUAGACCAGCUGCGCGAGGAGCUCAGCGCUUUUGCUGGUGCCCGCGCGGACGGUGCGGAGGAAGCGGCUCAACCGGAUCCCCAGGUGCUGUCCCAGGAGGUGCGCCAACGACUCCAGGCUUUCCGCCAGGACACCUUCCGGCAGAUUGCCGCCUUCACUCACGCCAUUGACCGAGAGACUGAGCAAGUUCAGCAGCAGCUGGCGCCGCCUCCGCCAGGGCACAGUGCCUUUGCCCCGGAGUUCCUCCAAGCCGACAGAGGCAAGGCCCGGAGCGAGCUGCAGGCCCGCUUCGACGACCUGUGGGAAGACAUCAACUACAGCCUUCGCGACCAUAGUCCAGGCCAUCGGGGAGAGCCCUGA